UUUGCCCCAUUGUCUUUUGCACUUUAACUUGACAAAUCUUCUUCAUCAGAAAAGAACUUUGACACUUGACAGGGCUUCAAAAUACCGGAUUUCCAAACAUAAUUCACAACUCUCUCAACAACUUACUUCACCAGCUACUCAAGUCAAGUCCCACUCCCUCUCCUAACUCUCUGUUUACCCUUCUACUUUGUCUCGUUUCUUUUGUAGCCUGAACCAGAAAGUUCAGAGUUUGUUUUAUUAAAAAGAAGAAAAUGAAUGGUUGGAGGUGGGGUUUUCUUCUGCUUGUCUAUGCCGCUUUGGUCUUGAAAACUGGUGCUGUAGAGCAUGGCCGGACUCAACCCACUGAGCGAAUUUCAGGUAGUGCUGGUGAUGUUUUGGAAGACAAUCCAGUGGGAAGAUUGAAAGUGUUUGUGUAUGAGCUUCCAAGCAAAUACAACAAGAAGAUUCUGCAAAAGGAUCCAAGAUGCCUCAAUCACAUGUUUGCUGCUGAGAUCUAUAUGCAUCGAUUUCUAUUAUCUAGCCCUGUUCGAACCCUUAAUCCUGAAGAAGCUGAUUGGUUUUACACCCCUGUAUACACCACUUGUGACCUGACACCAAAUGGCCUCCCUUUGCCUUUUAAGUCACCACGGAUGAUGAGAAGUGCAAUACAGCUCAUUUCUUCCAACUGGCCUUACUGGAAUCGGACAGAAGGGGCUGAUCACUUUUUCGUAGUGCCUCAUGACUUUGGAGCAUGCUUCCAUUAUCAAGAAGAGAAGGCAAUUGAAAGAGGAAUUCUUCCCUUGCUCCAACGUGCAACAUUGGUUCAGACUUUUGGACAACGGAAUCAUGUUUGCUUAAAUGAGGGCUCAAUUACAAUUCCUCCCUAUGCUCCUCCACAGAAAAUGCAAACCCACCUGAUUCCUGAAAAGACUCCUAGGUCUAUCUUUGUGUACUUUCGAGGAUUGUUUUAUGAUGUGGGAAAUGACCCAGAAGGUGGUUAUUAUGCAAGAGGUGCACGUGCGGCAGUGUGGGAGAACUUCAAGGACAAUCCACUUUUUGACAUUUCCACGGAGCACCCUACCACGUAUUAUGAGGACAUGCAACGAGCUGUUUUCUGUUUGUGCCCCCUUGGCUGGGCCCCAUGGAGCCCAAGAUUGGUAGAAGCAGUGAUAUUUGGCUGCAUCCCUGUUAUCAUAGCAGAUGAUAUUGUUCUACCCUUUGCUGAUGCAAUCCCUUGGGAAGAAAUUGGGGUUUUCUUAGACGAGAAGGAUGUCCCCAACUUGGACACCAUCCUCACAUCAAUACCCUUAGACGUAAUAUUGAGGAAGCAGAGAUUGCUUGCCAACCCUUCAAUGAAGCAAGCAAUGUUGUUUCCACAACCUGCUCAACCAGGAGAUGCUUUCCAUCAAGUUCUAAAUGGACUUGCACGUAAGUUGCCACAUGAAAAGAGUAUUUACUUGAAGCCAGGUGAGAAGAUCCUAAACUGGACUGCAGGUCCAGUAGGUGACCUGAAACCUUGGUAGCAGCUAUAACAUUGUGCUAUCAAUGCUAAUCAGAAUUCUUUGUGUCCUGCCCCUUGGCCAGCUUCCAGAUCUUAUCAGAGUUUACUGUUUAAUGGAAGUGUAAUUUUCCAUCUUUCCAAAGUGUAUUAUACUCUCCUAUUUUUACGGUUUUAGGUGGUGCCAUUUGCUGUACUUUGCGUAGGUGGUUCUAAAUUAUUCUUGAAAGUUACAGUGGUGAUUGUUCCUUGUUUCUGGUAUCACCUACCAUUAAGGACAGAAAACAAAUUUUAAAUCAGGACUAGUAUGCGUUCAAUUUGUUUGCUGAACUCCAUCAUUGUAGAGUAUAGUGAUUGUGGCUGUCAUAAAAUUUGGCAUCUUGGUAAAUUAUGGUGCUGUAUUGUCCUAAGACUUGAGAUUUUUCACUGUUUUGGGAUGAAAGUUUGAUUUGGCUGUA